AACCCCUUGGUGGCCGUCUACUACACCAACCGAGCCCUCUGCUACCUGAAGAUGCAGCAGCACGACAAGGCGCUGGCGGACUGCAAGCGAGCCCUGGAGCUGGACGGCCAGUCGGUGAAGGCUCACUUCUUCCUGGGCCAGUGCCAGAUGGAGAUGGAGAAUUACGAUGAGGCCAUCGCCAACCUGCAGAGAGCCUACAACCUCGCCAAGGAGCAGCGGCUGAAUUUCGGGGACGACAUCCCCAGCGCCCUGCGCAUCGCCAAGAAGAAACGCUGGAACAGCAUCGAGGAGAAGCGGAUCAACCAGGAGAACGAGCUGCACUCCUACCUGACCAAGCUGAUCAUGGCGGAGAAGGAGAGGGAGCUGGCCGAGUGCCGAAAGACUCAGCAGGAAGAAAAUGUGGACGAGAGCCGGAGCCGAGUUCAGCUGGCCAGCAUCGAGGCCAAACACGACAAAUACCUGGCGGACAUGGACGAGCUCUUCUCUCAGGUGGAUGAGAAGAGGAAGAAGCGGGACAUCCCUGACUACCUGUGCGGGAAGAUCAGUUUUGAGCUGAUGAGAGAGCCCUGCAUCACGCCCAGCGGGAUCACCUACGACAGGAAGGACAUCGAGGAACAUCUCCAGCGCGUGGGUCAUUUCGAUCCGGUGACGCGGAGUCCCCUGACCCAGGACCAGCUGAUCCCCAACCUCGCCAUGAAGGAGGUGAUAGACGCGUUCAUCUCGGAGAACGGCUGGGUGGAGGAUUACUGAGGGGCCGAGGGGGCAGCGCUGGCCCGCCCGGGCCUCCCCCCGGCCGCGGCGGCACAGACGGCUCUCGCUGGGCUGGCACCAUGCCUUACUCGCUCUCCGGCUGUUCCCCCUCCGCUCCGGGUGCCCAGAGACCCAGCGGCAGCGCUGGGCGAGGGCGCGUCGCCAUCUCCCCUUCCCGAGGAGCCGCAGCGGCUGGGCGGGCACGAAGGCUCCCCAGGCUCCCCUCUCCACCAGCUCCUCGCAGACCACAGCACUUGGAGGAAGACCUGCCCGGCGGUUUGGAGAAGGCUGGCUCAUCGCGGUGGCCUGGAAGGUCUCACCAACGUCUUCAUCGCCUGGAGAGCAGGGUCCCGUUCCCCCACCCCACCCCGCCCCCGCCCGCCACG